AUGCGGCCCCUCUCGGCCCUGCCAUCCCCCCCCUCAUUCCUGCCUCUAUAUUCGUAUAUACUGUGCCCCAGUGGCGGUUUCCAAAAGCAUCAUGCAUUCAUUUGUGUAUAUUUUCAUCUUUCCGCUCUUGCUCCGCGCUCGUCGCCCCAUUCGGUAGGGCUCCGCCCUAUUCGAUACCACAAGCCCCGCGCACGUCCAGCUCCGGGAGUGUUGACAUCGCGGAGCUUCCAGCUGCAUAUACUCGGAGUAUCUGACCGCGCAAGCGCGUCCCAGCUGCACAUUCCUCCGCCCGCCAUUCUGCACGCACGCGCGCUCCUACACGCGCAGUCCCAUGCAACGCUCGGUUUCACUUCCAACUGCCUCGUUCUCGUUACUUGCCCUUGCAAUCACACCAAUCACACACCUGGCUAUCUUGGCACCGUCCAUGUUAAUCUGGGCUUCUUGAUGUAG